ACAUUAUUCGCUGGUUGAAUAAUUUGUAGACUUAAACACAUGAUUCUCUGCUAGAAGCAAAACUACAAGACAGGAAAUGUGCGUCAGAAGGGUUGCGUGCGUUACAUUAUCUAAAAAGUUUCAUGCUUACAGUUGAUAUAUCUGGAUAGUAAUUAAAUUAUACGUAAUUCUUCGCGCGAAAUACACGAUAGAUAUCCUCUGUCGACAAAGACAGUUUGAAUCUUGUGCAUCUCAUGUAAUACGAUAAUAUAAGAGAAUAAUCCUAACACAAUUGUUAUGGCAAAUACAUUGACAAUCGAGAAACUGAUCGCGUUUUUGAAAGCGGAUUUGUUAUUUGCCUGCUGCUGGCCAUUACCACUCACUGCUACAAAAGGAGAAAAGAUAUGUAAUAAGAUAUUUCGCUAUUUUUCUAUCCUGCAUGGAUUGAUUAUGAUGAUUGCAAUAAUAUAUACAAUUUAUGUCAAUCGAUCAGAUUUAUUUCUGAUAAUGAAAUUAUGCUGUGAGUUAUGCACUACUACAGAAGUUCCACUGCAAAUAAUUUGCUUCUCGAGUCAAUAUGAUAGUCUCCAAUACGUAAUUUAUGAAUUGGAGAAUUAUUGCAAGCAUGCGAAACCAACAGAAAGGAACGUUUUUCAUCAAUAUAUUGAUAGUUGUAAAUCAAUUUAUGUAGGUUCAGUAUGCGCCUUCACUGUAACCGGUCUGCUGCUUAUUAUUAGUCCUAUCGUAGAACCGCAUCCGUUUCCUAUCGACAUAGAUUAUCCUUUCUCUGUAGACUAUCAACCUUUGAAGACCAUCAUUUAUUUACAUCACAUACUACUUAUAUAUCAAAGUUAUACGCAGGUAUGCUCAAAUAUAUUCAUCGCGCUUCUAUUGUGGUUCGUAUCGGCGAGAUGUGAUAUUUUAUCGAGCAGAUUUCGGGCAGUCACAAAAUUUGCCGAGUUACGUGCUUGUAUAGAAGAACAUCAAGAAUUACUCUGGUAUGGAAAAAAAGUAACUCUUUCUAUUCGAUAUGUGAUGUUAGCAUCACUGGCUGUCAGUACAAUAGUUAUCAUAUUUACUGGCUGCACUUUUCUCAGCCGACAACCAAUGUCAGUAAAAUCAACAUUUCUAAUCUUCUUUAUUUCAUCUCUCGCAAAAGUAUACUUAUGCGCGUGGCCAGCUGAUCAUCUGCUAAGUGCAAGCACUAAUAUUGCACACGCUGCGUAUGAAUCAAUGUGGUACAAUGGAAAAGUUGAUUUUCAGAAGAAUUUUGUGCACACUUUAUUACGUAGCCAACAACCUAUAGCUGUGAAUGUACCCUGCAUGUUACCGACCGUUUCAUUAAAUUAUUAUGCGUCUUACGUCUCGACUGCUUUUUCCUAUCUAGCUACGUUUCGAGUUAUACUUGAAGAAACAGACGAUUAAUUUAACGAGGCGGAUACUUAUGUAAUACAAAUAUU